AUGCUUCUGAUCCUCGUGAUUCUCUUAUCAGUCUCCAAACUGCACGACAUUUUUCUUUCUACAUACGAGUUUAUUGUCGUGAAAAGGUCUCACCACGUGGCACUGUUUUUCAUGUUUAACAUUAUCGUGGUGAUCAUGGUAAUCUAUCAUGGGAGUAGUACUACCACUGUUAUGCCAUCCGUAGAAGAUUUUGAUUGGUUCAUUUCUUUGGAUUAUGAUGCGUACAGUAAUAAUUCUGAGGAGGAUGGUGAUGAUGAUGAUGAAUUUCAUGGUUAUGAUGGCUAUGACGAAGAGAAUGAUGAUGAUGAUAAUGAUGAUGAUGAUGAUGAUAGUGAAGAUGAACAGGAAAUGAAGGAUUUGGAGAGGAGAAUUGAGGGAUUCAUAGCCAUGAACUAUAAGCAAAUUAAGGAGAGAGCUUCUUUCAAUGGCAGAGGUGGUAUCCAGCUCUAG